UGUGGGGGAGUUACUGCGUCUCAAGCUGCUGCUGCAACAUCACAGCACAUUCCUGAGAAGAGCUGAGCAGAGCUGCUAACAUCUGACUCCCACAUCUCAUCUCAUCUCACCUCAUAUCAUCUCAUCGCAUAUCAUUUCAUCUCAUAUCAUCUCAUCUCAUUUGAGCCCACGACAAACCGACUGCACUGUAGGUUAUUCACACACCGCCAUCCGCUCCACGGGCGCAGCAGUGAAGACUAUGCAUGGUGUAAGCACCACUGGGAAACUACACGUCGCUCAUGCUUUGCUGAACAUGACCCACUGCUGAGUCAGGCUGUAGCAGGCAUACUACACAGUGGAGAAAAGUACAGAGAGCUGCUUUCGAUCACCCCGUCACGUGAGGCUGGCCUCAAAAAAUGUCUGCAGAGGUGGAGUCCGGCAUGCCUCCAGCAGAGCAGGCACCCGUGAAGACGCCAUCCAAGAAAGAGAAGAAGAAGGCUUUAGCUACUCCGGAGAAAACAGACGAGUUCCUGCUGGCCAGGUUCAAAGGUGAUGGCGUUCGGUACAAAGCCAAGCUGAUUGGCGUGGACGAUGUGCCUGAAGCCAGAGGGGACAAAAUGAGCCAAGACUCCAUGAUGAAACUGAAGGGCAAGGCAGCCGCUGCUCGCUCUCAAGGCAAGCACAAGCAGAGAGUUUGGGUGAACAUCUCUCUUUCAGGAAUCACUAUUACAGAAGAGAAGACAGGGGCAAUACUGAUGGAACAUGCGGUGAACAAGAUCUCUUUCAUAGCUCGCGACGUCACAGACAACCGAGCGUUCGGCUAUGUGUGUGGUGCAGAGGGGCAGCACCAGUUCUUUGCCAUUAAAACUGCUCAGCAGGCAGAGCCUCUUGUGAUUGACCUGAAGGAUCUCUUUCAGCUCAUCUUCAAUAUGAGGAAAAAAGAAGCAGAAGGAUCCAAAAAGGAAGAAACAAACAAAGUGGUAGAGAAUGGAAGUGAUGCAUCACUCAGCAACAGAAAGGGUGUGGAACAGCUGGACCUGUUUGGAGACAUGUCAACCCCACCAGACAUGAACUCUCCUUCGGAAUCUGAGGACAUCCUCUUGCUGGAUCUGUCCACCGAGAUAGACAGCAACCAGAACUGUGUGAAAGGCAACCCAUUUACUAACUCAUCCUCUACCCUCAGAGCCCAGUCCAGCCUCUCGCCUGAGAACCCCUUCACCUCUCAGCUCAACUUCUUCCCCACCCCCAGCCAAGAUCCUUUCCGGGACGACCCCUUCUCCAAAAGCAACAACCAAGCAGUCAAUCACAACUCCGACUCCCACCAAUUUUUCAAUGGCGACCCCAAGAACGGUGACUCAGACUACUUGGGCCAGCAAUUUGACCAGCUCUCCAACAGGACAAUGGUCCAGACACUUAGUAAUGGCCAGUGGCCACUAGAUGGCAGGCCAACAGAGACAAAUGCCUGGACUCAAAAUAAUAUACCAGAGAGGGAACAGAAUGGCCACAGCGGAAAAGUGACACCAGAAACUGCUCAGAACGGAGUGAAGCAUGAGAACGGAAGCAAGUCUGAAGCUGCUGUCAACCAAGCCAAGGAUUCUAUUAUCAUAAGCCCUCCACCUCUUAACACAAAAGCUGGCCGGGGAAGGAGGGGUGUGAAGUCACCAACAAAUGAAAACGUUGCUGCAGAUCCGUUCACUUCACCCACUCAGUCUGACUCUCCCACUCCACCUCAACCAGACAGUACCCCAGUGAGCUCUGUUGAUUUUUUCAGCAAGAGCGCCACCAGCACCUCAGACACCCUCACAGGCCUUGGAGGGCUGUCUCUUGGACACUCAUCUUCCUCCUCUAAUCCUGGUACAGCCGCAUGGAACGAGUCCCUCUCUUCCGUGUUCCCAAACGUCACCAAUGCUUUCACACAACCUUCACCCUAUUCCACCACUCCAGUACAGAACUGGGGAGGCAGCCCUGGAGUUUUCGGGAACACAUCCACCCAACAGCUUCCUUCCUGGCAAAACAACACUCCUGCUUCUAAUGGGUCCUGGACUCAGCAUUCAGCCUUGGGGAACCCUUUUCAUUCCAGCAUGUAUCCUCCAAAUUCAGGCCUAGUUUCAGGAGGACAGCAGAGCUCCAGUCCCCCUCCACUGAUCCCACCACGGGCAGGACCUAUCAAAGAACCCCCUAAGGUGGACACUGAUGCCUUUGUGGACCUGGAUCCUUUGGGGGAAAAAGAAAGGAAGGACAUCAAGGAAAUGUUUAAGGAUUUCCAAAUGGCUAAGCCUCCUAACGCCCUGGCUAAGAAUGAACCACUUAAAGUCGGUGGCCAGAACCUGUUUGAUAGUCCUCUUGGAUCAACUGUUUUUGGAGCACCAGCAACUACUCCAAGUGCUCCUGCUAUCAAGGUUGUGGGAUCAGAUCCCUUUAGAGCCCCAUUUGGAAACCCCUUCGCAUGAUGUCUCUUCAUGAUCAUGGAUCCACAAAUUCCUGUUAAGGCACAAGGUUUUCCUGUGAAGUUCUGCCUUUUCCAGCGUAUGCGGUCAACCAAGAUGCUGCCCAAAAGCUCCAUGAAGCCCUCCUCCUUCAGAAACACGAUAUGAGAUGACCAUUUAUGCAGUACCCUAGGCCAAAAUGGCAGAGUGCAAAUGUUCACUGAUAUUGCUUCAUUUUAUAUGGCACUAUACUAGUGGUUAAUGCAGCCACUGGCAAGAAAGCACAAACUGAACCAGAGGAGAACACUGAGUGUUCAUUGCGCAGAUAAAAAGGUCAGGUUUGUGUGGUUCAUUGCAGUAUUAAUGCUUGUAUCUUUAUUUCAUUUACUUGGCUGAUGCUUGUUAAUUUGCAGAUGUUUUACAGGUAAUAGCCUUUCAUGCCAGACUAUUUAGUGAUAUAGGAAUGCUAUUUGCUUAAGCUUUUUCCUUUUCAUUUAUCCAGUUUAUGGUCAAAUGGUUAUCAUAUAUAUCUGUAUACUAGCUGGUUUAAAGUAUGUCAUUUUUUACCAUUAAUGAUGAGCCAAGCACAGUCACUCCUAUGGAGAUGUUAGGAAAAAAAAUGGCAGACUACAGCUGGCAAUCUGCUUCAUAUUGCUCUAGUACUGAUACCAUAAUGUCUUGGGCUGAGUACUCCACUCUGUAUUGUACUAUUGAAAUAUUAUCAAGCUUCAGUUUUUAAUAAGCGUUCACGUGUCUUAUAUGGAUUCUGAUCAACCCAAAUCAUUCAUGUACUUGACAUAAGAACGUCUAUGACUUGUAUGUAUGUAUUUUAAAGAUGAUGGUCAGACACUCGCGCUUUUCUUGCCACGUUACGCUGAGUGACAUAUCAAAGAAAACAAGUAAGCAAGGGGUGUGCUGUGCACUGUGAGAUGUAAGGUCUGAGACUAUCAGUGUGCCUUCACCUCAGUGACUUCAAGGAAGACUGAAAGACGAUCUGACUGUACUGUACUGGAAGUCUUGUCAUAAUGACUUAUGAGUUGUGUGUGUGUAUGGAACUGUGUAUGUGUGGUGCGUGUUUAUAUAUAUAUAUAUAUAUAUAUAUAUAUAUAUAUAUAUAUAUAUAUAUAGUGCACUAUGCCAUUUAUCUUGUAACUGUAGUUGUUGCAAUAAACUGGAAUUACGGUUAAUAGAAUGGGAUUAAAAAAAGGUGUCCUGUUUAUUUGU